AUGUCUCCUGAGAAACGUGUUCGUCUCCUCGAACGUGCACUUCGUGAAGCGCAGCAGCAGCAGGCAAUCGAGCAGCACAUGUCUGCUGUAAUGACGCACAAGCUUAUGACUGCCGAUGUUCAGCAGCAAUAUGGAGCAGAAGCCCGACAAGAAGGAAUCCGGUCUCGGAGUUCCACGGCCGUUGUUUACGGAGAUUCGACGCCUCGUAGUGCCGCCUGUGCGAGUACAAGCUGCAGUUCUUUACGUAGUGCAAAAUCACUAUUGGGCGGUAAUAGCUACACUGUGAUGCGCACUCUAACGCCGCCGACCGCAAUUAUCACAUCUGUAAAAGCCGGCGAACAAGUUUGGCAAGAACCUAAGAUAAGGCAGAUCAGACCCAAAAUCAACGCACCCCGCACUGCAAAAGCUAGUCGUGCUGCGGGCAGCUACACGAAUAAUAGUAUUUACGGAAAAAAUUUAUCCCAUGCUGUACGUGAAGCCCGCACGUCCUGCUCCUCACUCGAAGCAGCCAGGAAAGCAUCAAAAGAAUCCAUUCCUAUUUUGCUGCCGCCACAUUUGCGCAAGAUACAAGCAAAACCAGCUUCCAUUUCUACUUCAAUGUCAGGAGCACGAGUAAUCCCUAUUUCAACGCCCAGGGGGGGUCGUGGGACAGGGGGAGCGGGAGCCCGCAGAUCACAGACUAGUUGCACAAGUAUUAGAGAAGUGCCAUCUGUUACCAAGAAAGCACCACAUUACACUACCGAAAAUAGUGUUGCAAUAGGCCCAACUGAAGCAACUUCGUAUUCUUCCACCACGUUCUUGGUCACACCUAUUGCAAAGCAUCAAUUGUGUGGUGUGCAGCAGUCUCAGACUAGUUUCUCGAAUAUGCGCGAAGCAGACACUUCCUGCACGUCGCUGCGCCGGCGGAGAUCAUUGAGUGCACAUAAUAUGGGGGUUGGGGCAAGUUUACACAAUUCAAGCAAUUCUUUGAGCAGAAGACGUGCCUCUAGCGGAUCCGUAGGACGGAGCAGGAGACAUUCCAGUGGAUCCGUUAGGCGCACCAGGAGGAUCACACCCAAAAAGUCUCGUAGCAGCUUCUCUUCAAUACGUGGUCGUCGCAUGGGGUCAGGAUCGUGCUGCGCGCGUCCUGUAAAUGUAUCCUGUGCUAGGCGAGUUUGCAAUUCUGCAGGUGGCAGUACUAUAAAUUCUCAUAGAGAUGCGCCUACUUCAUGCACGUCCAUAAUUUCAUGUCCAAGUAUGGUGAUGCGUCCGGUGUCUGCUAGUAGGAUGACUCCUACCGCAUAUGUUAUUCCAUGUAGACCAAUGCCUCAUCAUCAUACCGUACGUCCAGCAGUAUGUUAUCCGUCGAGGCCCGUUUGCUACACAAGACCUGUUUGCUAUCCUAGCAGACCUUGUAUACCUAGAUGCUAUCCGAGACCUUUGACUCCGAUAGGUCCUGCAAUUCCUACAGGAACUAGAACGCCGAAGAUAAUAAGACCAAAGAAGCGACCAAGCUGUUCCUUUACAAACGUGUGUGAAGCGGUGACGAGCUGCAGCAGCCUUUCCGGCUGCUGUUGGCGGGAUGGUUGCGGGCAGGUGGGCUGCAUCUUUGCAAAUCAACAUCACAAUGAGCAUUCGCCUGCUUCUACUUCACCAACCGGCACGAAUACAAGUCCAUUCUCCGCCAACGCUGUUGCGUCUUGCACAGCUGUCCAGCAGAAGCAAAAAGAUGAACGCACCUCAUGCACAUCUUUAGCUAAACGUUGCGGUUUAACAUUAGAAUGUGCAAAGCAUUGUGUAACAUGGCGGCGUGAUAGCAACACCUCCAUGCGUCGAAGCAGUCCAGGCAGACGACCACCGUCUGCGUCCAGCAGGCCGAGGACGCGCCAUCAAAAUUCCUGCGAGCGUCUUGCCGCCACAGCGGCGAUGAUCGCCUGUAACGUAUGCCGGACUUGCGGUUCGCGAGCAUCCUUACCCGGAGGAGGAUCGCCGCAAGGCGAAAAAGCCUGCGAAACACCACGCGAUGAUAUGAUGACAGAGGAAUUGCAGCAGGAGGAACAGCAGCAACAGGCAGCAAUCAGUCACCGCACGGAGAGAUCUUACCACCAUUCCUGCGUUUCAUCUUCACCAACUGCUAAAACACGCAGCGGUGGAACCGGCACGACUUCAUAUAAAAUUGGAAUCGACAAAAAAGUUCGAUGUGCGAGCGGAAAUCAAGGACGGCGUACAAAGACAAUCGACCAGCAUUCUGGUCAUGCCAAAGCUAGGAAGCAUUCCGAUUACAGAUCGUCUAAGAACAGAGAACACGGAGGCGCAUCAUCUCCUACUAACAAGUCUAUAGAUUCAGGAUCGAUUGGAAAACCUGUGGUAGCACCAAUUUGCAUUGAAGCUACACCAGGAACCCCGAUUAUCGUCGGGGGUCAUCAUGGUUGCACACGCCCCUGCUGCAGGCGCACAAAGAGCGUUGAUCAAUUUGGAAGAUUUUAUGGUGGUCAACAGGUGGAAAGUGAUCAGUUAUCUCCAUUACCGAUGGUUCAACAUAUCACAUUUAACCACAUGCAGACUAAAUUGGCAUUAUCCGACACAUCGGUGACAACUCGUUGCGGUCAAGUUUCUACGGACACCAUCAUACACGAGAGGCAUUGGUCAAAUCUGGAUAUAAUUCAAAACCAAAAAGCAAAGCAAGUCGACAACAGACUGAACCAGAUGCUUUUAAAUGACAAAACGUUUGUCCAGGAAGCGAUUCGUAAUGCUUCAAGACAUAGAAAUCAUCAUCAUCACCUGAACGAAGAAGAGAGAAAAAAUUACCAAAAAUAUUACUAUGUUGAUGAAUCGAAACAACAGCAGGAACACUCAAAAAGAUCUCACCAGCAUCAUCAGCAUCAAUACGAGCAACAACAACAACAACAGCAACAGUAUGAGCAGAUGCAGCAACAACAAUAUCAGCAGCAACAGCAACAGUACGAGCAGAUGCAGCACCAUCAACAACAAUACCAGCAGCAACAACAAUUAUAUGAACAGCAACAGCAACAACAACAACAAUAUCAGCAGCAACAAUACGAACAGCAGAUGCAGCAGCAUAAACAAAAUCAGCAAAUGCAGAUGCAGCAAGAGCAAUAUGCUCAAAUGCAGCAGCAGCAAGAACAAACGCUGUCGAAGCAGAGAGAUUUUGACAACACAAGACAGUCGUCGUCAUAUAGACCUACACACAGACAUCUCGAAAUACUCAACUUGCGAUCGACAAAUGACUCUGCUCCAGUGGUUAUGCGAGAUAGUGAAGUGGCAUAUCAAAAUAGAUUCAGAAGACCAGAAUUUCAGCAAGAGGCUGCUAAUGUACUACCAGCUUUGCGCCAUGAACAAACCCAGCCACCUCCUCAGUCGAUUCUUAUUCCAACAAGUGAUAGAACAAGAAACAUGACGCCGGAUGAUUUGAGCCUCUGUCUACCACCAGAUUACCUCAGCAGCGACAACAAGAAGCAAACAAAAAUUGAACCUUUAGCAGAAGUGGUCGUCUUCAACGAUCCAAAAAGUAGCAGCUAUGAGACAACCCAGCAAACGGCACAAUUCUCUCAAAUAAUCAGACAGACUACAAAACCAAUCAGCGUCAAAGAACAGCUGAUGCAGGCGCAGAUGCACACGCAGCAAGUACCUGCGUCGGCACCUGCCCGACCAAAGUUGCCGCUUAAAGACAAAAGAUUGUUAGUAGAUAGAAACGUUCAGCGUCGUUCGGUUCCGCUGCGCCAAGCGGCUACAACUGCAGCAGCUGCAGCUGUAGCUGCAGAUAGAAAAAGGCUGCGUCAGGAGCGACUGAAUUUGGAGGAGGAAAAGCGGCAACAUCAGCUCUUGUUGCAGCAGACGCUCGGCGAAAUGUCCACAAAAUUCGAUAAGACUUAUGAUGAGAUAUCGAAUAUUGUUAAUGAUUCGUUGCAGACAUUACUGCAGAAGGAUUCAAAAGGAAAUUUCUGCCAAGGAGAAGAUAUUUCUAGCACCAAACAACUCAUUUCAAAAAUUAAAGAACAACAAAGGGCUUUAGAAAAAAUGAAGGCGCAGCAAAAUCAAGUAACACGCGAUUCUGUGCAAAUGGAACCAGCAUUACCACAACAGCCUCCACAGUUGCUUUAUCACGUUACGACCCAGCAUCAAAAUCCAUACGCAGAAAAUCAUAACAAAUUUUUGCAGCAAAAACAGCAGAUGUCACAGAAUGCACAAGAACUAAACACGCAUUCAUACAGACGAGAGAAUGCUGCAAUUGGGGUUCAACAACCACAUGUGGAGCAACAAUCUGCUGCAAAUCACAAGUCGCCCCCAGUUACAAUGAGGAAGUUACAAACCACUUUCGGACAUCAACAGCUAAGAAAUUAUGACCAAGCUCCCGAAAAAGAUCCAGUUUCGACCAUCAAGGGUUCUUUUGCAGCUCCUCCAAUGCAGCAAACACCAUUAGAGAAUCGCAGCAGUUUUGAAACUGAAGAAGGUCGCAGACCACCUCUGGCCAGGUCACCAUUUGCUAAACGAAAUCAAUACAGAUAUGAUUCCCAGAUAAUGGGUACGAUAUCUCAAGAUGGUGCUUACGAGCAACCAGAAGAUAUUGAAAGAUUCGUGCGAGAGAUAGGUUACGAUGGAAUGUCAGAUGCGUCCUCCUUGAGUCAAACCACCAUUACAAAAGACGAUCAGUCUAGCUUGAUGGAACAACAAGUUUUCCCCAAUUCGGAAGUUGGAGCAGCCGGGCUGCAGCAGGGACAUGCACAUAUUUUUCGAAGUGGAGAUGAUCAGGAAAUUCAAAAUGAUGAAGCACGAAGACGUGAAAUAGACCGCUGGAUGAACGCAAACGACUUUGCAAGACCAGUUCCUCGUCCAAUUAUCAAUAGAAAUAACACUUGGACAUCUGAUGAUUGCUCCAGCAGUCCAGGAGGACCCUUGGCAAAUCUGGAUGAAAAUUGUCCAGAAUUCGACGACUGCACGAGCGCCAGUUAUGUAACAGACACUGCAGACGAUUGCAGUCAAUGUCUGAUGGAGGAGUAUCUCAUGCGAAAGCCAGAUUGCGAUUUUUGA